GGUUCCGACUCUCUGUUCUCAAGACUCCGCGCACGAUCCGGGAGAAAGAAAGCUUUCUCCCCUCACUUUCCCUUCGACUCUCCUCCACUUCUCCCAUCCCCCAACACCGACAAAUCCCAGCAACCCCGCGCCGUGCUGAUGGUGGGCGGCAGCGGCGAGGGGGCGGCGGCAAUGUCGCCGCCGCCUUCCUCCUCCCCCGGCGGCAGCGGCGGCGGAGGGAAGCGCGGGAGGGAUCCGGAGGAGGACGUGUACGUGGACAACCUCCACUCCCACAAGCGGUACCUCACCGAGAUAAUGGCGUCCAGCCUGAAUGGGCUGUCUGUUGGAGAUUCACUUGCUGACAAUAUAAUGGAGUCCCCUGCGAGGUCAGAGAGCCCCUCUUGCGUCAGGGACGAUAUAAUCUCCCAAUACUCUCCAAUGUCGGAAGACUCGGAUGACUAUCGGUACUUUGACACUCAAUUGAACCCCAACGGGAGUCAAACUGAUGCAAUGGUCAGCCCUUCAACUAGUCCAAUGUCAUCUCCUCACCGUUUCCAGAAACCACAAGCGGGUUUCUUACCCUCAAACCCAUACCCUCUCCCCAGCUGCUCACUCUCAACUGGGGCCUGCUCUCACUCUCGCCGUGGCUCUGAGAAUGAAGGCAGGUUCCCAUCGUCGCCAAAUGACAUGUGCCACGGUGCAGACCUGAGGCGAACAGCGCUGCUGAGGUCGGUGCAAAUGAGGGUGCACGGGCCACACUCAUAUGACCCUUCAUUCGGCGGCAGACAAGAGCAAGAACAUGUCCAUGAUCAUGAACAUCUAGAUGAUCCGGGAGAGGCACCGAGGCCAUCUUGCAUGAAGGCAAUUGACCAUGAAGCUGGCUACCGGGAGCCUGAAAGCAGCUAUGUGCGACAAGAACAUGAUAUAGAUUACAUCAGUGGCUGUGCAUCUGACGAUGUCCCAAGUUGUCCCAAGUUCAAGCAAGAUGAAGAUGCCCGACGUAAUUUUGAUCCCAGUAUGGAUAGAAAUAGAUAGGAGGGCAUCCAUUCCAUGCCAUUUGGAUGUUAAUUAUGUGAGAUUAUUAUAGAUAGAUAGCAGGCGAGUACACACCGUACCAUUUUAAUGUUAAUUAUGUGAGAUCAUAUCUCGUCUUUCUUGUUAUUGUAUCUUACUUUAUGUC